CUGGUCUGACGCCAUCUUGAACGUUUGUCGUCGAGCCUACGCAUAGUUGUGGUUCGAAUGUUUCCUCUAUUUCGGAGUCAUGACCGGCGGAGGUGAGUACCACAAGACGUACGGCACCGGGAAGGACUCGGAACCAGGCACGGACGUGGACAUGGACUCCAGCCACAUGGGCAGCGAGCGCGGGGAGUUGGAAGCAAGCAUCGCGGCUCCCUGCUCCUCCAACGGCAGUGGCGGGGAAGAGGAGGAGACCGAGGCCGGCUGUCCUGUCAGCGAAGCCCGGGGCUCUGGCACCCGCCACAUUCUGGACCGCGACGCGGUUCUGGCCAUGGAGCAGGAGGUGUCGGUCCAGAUCGGAGAGACGUAUUUGUGUCAGCGUGCCGACAAGACUUGGCACACUGCAGAGGUGAUUCAGUCUCGGCUGAACGAGCAGGAGGGACGGCAGGAGUUCUACGUUCACUAUGUCGGAUUCAACAGGCGUCUGGACGAGUGGGUGGGGAAGUCCCGUCUGGCGCUGACCAAGAUGGUGAAGGACGCCGUUCGGAAGAGCGUGGAGAUCGGUGGCCUGGGCGACCUGGUGGACCAGCCGGAGAGGAAGAUCACCCGAAACCAGAAGCGCAAACACGAUGAGAUCAACCACGUGCAGAAGACCUACGCUGAGAUGGACCCGACCACCGCGGCGCUGGAGAAGGAACACGAGGCGAUCACCAAAGUCAAGUACGUGGACAAGAUCCAGAUCGGGAACUUUGAGAUCGACGCCUGGUACUUCUCUCCGUUCCCGGAGGACUAUGGCAAGCAGCCCAAGCUGUGGAUCUGCGAAUACUGUCUCAAAUACAUGAAGUUCGAGAAGACCUUCCGACACCACCUGUCCUACUGUCAGUGGAAGCAGCCGCCGGGCAAAGAGAUCUACAGGAGGAGCAACAUCUCAGUGUAUGAGGUGGACGGCCGGGACCACAAGAUCUACUGUCAGAACCUGUGUCUGCUAGCCAAGCUAUUCCUGGACCACAAGACCCUCUACUUCGACGUGGAACCCUUCAUCUUCUACAUCCUCACAGAGGUCAACCGGCAGGGGGCGCACAUCGUAGGCUACUUCUCUAAAGAGAAAGAGUCGCCAGAUGGCAACAACGUGGCGUGUAUUCUCACGCUUCCGCCGUACCAGCGACGAGGCUACGGGAAGUUCCUCAUCGCCUUCAGUUAUGAGCUGUCCAAGCUGGAGAGUGCGGUGGGGUCUCCAGAGAAGCCACUGUCGGACCUGGGCAAGCUCAGCUACAGAAGCUACUGGUCCUGGGUUCUACUGGAGAUCCUAAGAGACUUCAGGGGGACGCUGUCCAUCAAAGACCUCAGUCAAAUGACCAGCAUCACUCAGAGUGACAUCAUCAGCACGCUGCAGUCGCUCAACAUGGUCAAGUAUUGGAAGGGUCAGCAUGUCAUCUGCGUCACCCCCAAACUGGUGGAGGAGCAUCUGAAGAGUGCCCAGUACAAGAGACCUCCCAUCACAGUCGACACCCUCUGUCUGAAGUGGGCGCCUCCCAAAAAUAAACAAGUCAAGUUGAACAAGAAGUGAGCUGCUGACGCAUCACCUGUUGUGAACCGGAGGCGGAGCCAGGGAGGAUCACGCCGGGGCCUGUUUUUUGACCUCAUCGUUGUGUUCUAGUGUAAAUAAAUCAUUAUUUUCUUACAACA